GGUCCUGCACGCAAAGCAGAAAAGCGCUGAAACUGCGGAGAUUUACUUUUGGUUCAAUCGCCUGCCGCCGACAGCGAGGAGAGGUGUGUGACAAUCAAAAGAACAACAAAACAUUCAGCAUAGCAAUUUAUCGUACGGUCACCAGUAGUGAUCCUGUGAUGGCUUGUAGCUUUUGUGCCACCUCUGAUGCUGAGAUGAAGCCGGGACCCUCUCCGCGCCUGGCACAGUAGAGUAUCCCGGGACGCACGGCGCAUCUCCACAGAGAGAGAGAGCCAGGGAACAGAGAAAAAGAUCAGUUUGGAAUACAAGGCAAGGAUAAGAUGUGUCAAACUCUUGGGGAAUUUGUGUUAACCCUAAUUAACCAUUUUAAUUAGUAUUUUGACUUACACUACACGAUUGAGUCUGAUUUCCCUUUGCGCGCAGUGGAUGAUAGUCGAGUGUUUUGUGGUGGGAAUGCUUUUCAUCACGGCACGGAUAACGGCUACCUGACUCAGUCUGUCUUUCCUGGUACAUAUGAGGAUUCUGUCCAGGAUGUUACUGUCUAAGGGGCCCAGGCAUCAUUGGGCCACCGUACAUUAUCACCACCACAUAUCUCAUGCGUCUGCAUCGGGUUGGGGGUCCUGCUCUGUCUAGGAAUUACAUACCCUCUACCCUCUGCCUCGUCUGGGGGGGAAGAAAACGGAAUCAUAUCCAAUAAGUGAUUUGGUGGACAUUGACAUUGGCUUUAGGAGUCUCACCUCUGGGCUACUAUGCAAUUACAACUGAUCUCCUUUGUUUUGAUCAUCUUGCACUGCAUGGAAUACACUGGUUGUCAGCAGCACAGCAGCUCCAGGCACCGGCAACAUAAACAGAUCUCUGGUGUGAGCUCAGGGUGCCAGCAGGGCGGCUGUCUGACCUGCUCGGACUACAAUGGCUGCCUGUCCUGCAAGCCGCGCUUCUUCAUGCAUUUGGAGAGGAUUGGGAUGAAGCAGAUCGGGGUGUGUAUGACUUCAUGUCCUCCGGGCUUUUACGGCACGCGCUCCCCAGACAGAAACACUUGCACAAAAUGCAGGCCGGAGUGUGAUUCCUGCUUCAACAAGAACUUCUGCACGCGCUGCCGAGCAGGAUACUACCUUCACCUGGGCAAGUGCCAGGAGAGCUGCCCUGAGGGGCUCGUCCGCAGUGACACACAGAGGGAGUGUGUUCCCAAGUGCCCUGCAGAGUGUGACACAUGCGUCAACAGUGAGACGUGUACACGGUGCCGCGCAGGCCUGUACCAGCUGAUGGGGAGGUGCCACCAUGUCUGUCCUGAAGACUACGAGCCCAAUGACAAACUCAUGGAGUGUACGCCACAAGUGCACUGUGAGGUGGGCGAGUGGAGCGAGUGGAGCCCCUGCUCUCGGUCUGGUAGAACCUGUGGCUUCAAGCGGGGCCAGGAGACCCGGACACGGCAGGUCCUCCAGUACCCGUCACCCUUCGGCAAACCCUGCCCCGAGAUCUCCGAGAUCAAAGAGUGUCUGGUCAAGAGGAGGAGAUGUCCAGGAGCAAGAAGGAAGGGUGAGGGACGAGGAGGGAGGAGUCGCAGCAACCGGCGGGACAAGGAGAACCAGGAGGGACGGCGGGAGAGGAAGAGGGAGAGGGACAGGGAGCGAGAGAGAGAGAGGGAGAGAGACCCGGGUGAACGUGAUGACUCUGAGAACAGGAACAAAACUGAGCACAGGCAUCGCAGAGGCCAAGACAGACACCCCGUCUCGCCCGACCAAGGCCUUGCACAGUAGUGCACAAAGUGUAACGCCUCCCCACCCUCCUCCUUUUGCUCCCUCAUUCUUUUUUUUCAUCCUGAUCUUCCCCACCUCCCCACCCCCACUGUUCCCCCCCCUCACCCCCUCACAGCAGGGGUGUUGCUGCUACCUGUAUGAGUUGAAUAUACUGUUUAUGCACAAGCGGGACGGGGCACAUUCAACCACAAGGCUUGGGCCGCUAUGGACUUUAAAAUAAAUAUUUUUGUUUUCUACCUUCCAGCCUCUACUCCUUCACUCCCACCACUGAGAUAGUGUCUUUUUUUUUUUUUUUUUUGCUUUUCCCCAAGUUUGAACAAUGCAAGAGACACUGCUGAGACUGCUGUUGUGACUUGACAGAUCCGAACAAAACAAAGCAAAGUGGGAAAUGUCUGUGAGGACUGGCAGGCAGAUGGAUGGACAUGGACAUGCGUUGGAGCGACAAUGAGGUUAUAUUAUGUGCUUGUUGAUAUGGUUAUUUAAUGGGGCCCAGGUACAACAUUGCUCAUCUUGGUUUUUUGAAUGUAGAUUUUGUGACAUUAUGUAGAACCAUUGUUUAUUGUUGUUCCUGUUCUUUAGAUGUCUUGCAUUUUUGUUUAUUUGGUGCAAAA